AUGCGUAAUAAGGAUGAUCCAAGAGAUUUAUUUUAGUACCACUUUGAGUAACGAUAACAUUUAAUUCGAUACAAAAAGAAGUUAUCCUAGUCUGAGGCCCACUCAUCAAAUCAAGCAUCUAUAAUGAAUAUUUUUGCUACAUAAGUAGGUUAAGUAGCUCAGGAAAUAGUUGAGGCUACAAUAGAAGAUGAAAUUGAUUUGAAAUUACUAGAAUUGAUAAAAAAUGUAAAUAAUGAAUUGAAUGAGUGUAUUUUGCAAUAGGAUUUAUUGGCUUUUACAGAUCAAGUAGUUCAAAACUAUUAAGAGUAUAAAGAAUAGUUUGAUAGGUUAGGAGUUGAGUGUAUUUAGUUAAAGGAAAAAAAGUAUGAACUUUAGUCAAAUAUGAGAGAAAUAAUUUAUUGUAAAUAUCCUGAGACUUCAAAUGGUCUCUUACCUUUGAAAUUAGAGAUUCUUAAUUUUUUAUUAUUUUUAUUUAUAUAAAAUUUUUUAAUAUAAUAGGUUUGCUUUUCGAUAAAAACUUUUAUUGUCUAUAUCAGAUAACUUUAAUAGCAAUUAGAUUACUUUAAAUAUAUUAUCAACAAGUGUUGA